AUGGGCAGCAGCAAGGAGGGCAAGAUUCGCUCGGCUCCGGCUUACACGAUUACGGGUCGCGAGAAGCCUCCGCUGAUUCCGGUGAUGAUCUUCCCCGGACCCGGCUACUACGACGGCGAGUACACGGUGGUCAAGCCGAAGCCGCCAGUCUACUCCAUGCGCGGCAAGUACAAGAUGGGCAGCGAGGACGCGAAGCCCGGACCCGGAGCCCACUGUCCGGAGAAGUACUGGGAGAAACGAUCGCCUCCUGCCAUAUCCUUUGGCAUCCUGCACUCCCCGUAUCUCAAGAAACCAUUGCCCGUCACAGUUCCGCAGCGUUGUAUAAACCUCUCCCAUGUGCCCGCCUACAGCUUUGGCAUCAAGCACUCGCAAUAUUUGGGUCGCCUGAACGAGAAGAACACCGAGUUCGACUACAGCUUUUCCGGAAUUUGCUAG